AUGUCUGACUUUUCUACUGAAUCAGUGCCACCAGAGCCGGUAUCGGUGGCACAAGACAAUUGCACGAUUGAUGCGAGCUUGCGUAGCGAUAGCGGUGAGGACAGCUUAUACCAUGACGAGCUCGAGGAUGACGCUGAUAGCGACGACACGGAUAAGUACUGGGCAUGGGCAAAGCAAGCGCGGGAGGAACGGAACAGAACGCCUGUCCUCUAUGAGAUUCCCUUAUUUUGCACUGCAAUCCAGCAACUUCGGUUCCUCACAUCUCCUACCGAGGAUGCGGAGGGCCAAGCUUGGCCUAUCAAGGCUGAGGACCGGUGCAAUAUCCACGGCGACGGCUCUGACUCUGAUCGGCCUUCGUGUUCGGUUUGCGUAGUGGAAGACCAUAUCGAAAUCUUGCAAGGCUGUGUUGAUGCCUGGUUACUGCUUCGAGGGCCGUCGAUGGAUAAAGAGACUUGGUGUCUUCUAGGUCUCUGGAAGCGGACCUGGCACUGGUUUGCUCAGUUCUUAGCCACCUUGGAGGCUUCCGACAAACCAGAUCGUCACCAAGCACUCCGUCUAGCAACGGCCAGUGUAGACAACUGGUCGCCAGGCGCUCGCUUAGACCCGAUCACUUCCAAAAUGUCCCCGACCUGGCGGAAGAAAGCGAACAGUAUCAAAACGGUGAGCUUCACACAUGAUACCCAGGACUUCGACACUCACAAGAGUAGAAAUAGGCUCUCCUAUAACCGAAAGAGCUCACUUUACCAUGCGGGACGAUAUGCCGCCCUAGAUCCCGAGGGUUGGCAAGACACAUCCUGGAUGUCUUCCCUUGAUGCUGGUAUCGCUCAAUUCGCCGACCCGUCGGAGGUUGUGUAUACCGAGGGAAAGGGUUUCUAUUUUCGAAGCGUUAUAUUCAUUUGCCAUGACGCCAACCGCUUCCAGGAGUUCAGCUCCACCCGCGUCUUGAUGAUGUCGGGAAGCACUCCACCUAUAAUUGGAUCAGUGAAUGCAGCAGAGGAUGGUGACCAGGUUCCUCUAUCCUCCUUCACGGAUAUGGAGGACUGGCGUCGGUUCUGCUCCAUGCAUCAAGACGACCCGCGCUUCCAGUCGUUCAAAGAUCUGGCCAUGCCUCAAGUAAUUGACGAUGAUCGCGAAUGGUUCUGA